AAAGAUCAAGAUGUUGAACCAACAAAGAAACAAAUCUAUUACUCAACAGAUGAUCAUAAUAUACAUGUCGAAGAAAUGGUUCUCAAAUUUAUAGAUUUAGGUAUUAUCAAAAGAUCAGAAUCAAAUUACUCAUCUCCAAUCAUUUUAUUAAAGAAGAGAGAUUCAUAG